ACAGAAUUUGCUAACCCCUCCACAAGGCUGCUCUCUCCACAGGAGAACCCCCCACCUCCACCCCCUUUGCAUUUGAUGGUCCCCGGAAAGCUUCCCUCACCGACCUGCGAUCGUGGGCAGAGCAAAUCCUAUGGAAUCUUCAACCACAGAAGCCCGUCAUCACACCGCGGCCACGUAAAUCAAGGAAGGCCGUCGGCGGGACCUACUCCUCUCUCCCGUCGCUUUUCGCCGCGUCUGGGCCGAGGAGACGGUGGUCACGCUGGCCCCGUGGAGUCGUCGGCGCCGCAUCAAGGUGUGAACACCGCCUCUGGCCAGCCGACGCUUCUGCAGCAAGUGAGGGGUAAGAAGCCAAGGGUGGCCGAGAAGGACGGCGGGGCCCAACUGGUCCCCACCGAAACCUUGUUACGAACCACACCGUGCGGUCAGGGUCUUAGGGCUCGGACGGUGGAGAUCUUGGACACGGCGUACGGGCUGAAGGUGUCAGAGGAGAAUCUGGACAAAUUGUGCUACAAGAGGUAUGUGCAGCGCGCGCAGGAAAUUAUGCAGCGGGAAGCCAGCGAGCCGGGUUUUAAUAAAAAUGAGGUUGGGGGGAACCCAUUUUCAUCAAAAAAAGCCAACGAGCCGGCCGGACGCGUCGCGGCCAAGAUUCCCAAGGGAAAGGAGCCCGUAACGUCCCAAUAUCAUGUACUCGAGUCAGCUGACGUGCCAGCGGCCCACAUCAACCUUAUCAUCGUCAGCGACGACGACGAUGAGGAGGAGGAGGAGGCGGCUAACAAGGUCGCCGCUGAGACCAACAACUCCUCUGUGAACAUCGUGGAUCCUCGUGUGGUAGCAGCUGUGGCGAUUGCGCCAGUCCCUCCUGCUGCGACUUCUGCACCGGCUCCAAUUACCCCGGUGGCCGGGGCGCCUAUGGCCUUUGCAACAGAUUCGGCUACCCCUGCUACUUAUGGCCAUGGCCAUGGCGCCGACGGCGUCUGCGCACGUGGGAUCAAAAGGCCACACGCUCAUGAUGCAAUCUUUGCACCGGCUCCGGGCGCGGGGGCGCCAGUGGGCUUUGCACCAGCUCUGGCUACCCCUGCUGCUUCCGAUCAUGGGAACAUGGGCAGGAUGGCCGAGGAACUGCAGGACAUCGAGGCCGUAUCCGCCUCCAUGGCCCAGGCGAUAUAUCGCCGCUCGGUGAGCGCCAGGUCGAACCUGCCACGGUGGGGGUGUCACGGCCUGCGAACCCCCAAGACCCGUUCGGCCCCUGCACAUUGCAGUUUGCCGAUGAAACGCAACACCACGGGACCAGCCCCUGCCUAUGCUGGUUCCUCAUCCCGUGCCCCUGUUGCUUCGGGCUCCUCAUUCCGUGCCCCUGCUGCUAAAAUCACCAGCUCCACUCCGGGCUCCACAUUCCGUGCUCUUUCCGCUAACAUCAGCAGCUCCGCUCCGGGCUCCUCAUCCCAUGCUCCUCCUGCUAAAAUCACCAGCUCCAUUCCGGGCUCCUCAUCUCGUGCCCCUCCUGCUAAAAUCAUCAGCUCCUCUUCGGGCUCCUCAUUCCGUGCCCUUCCUGCUAACAUCAGCAGCUCCGCUCCGGGCUCCUCAUCGCGUGCCCCUACUGCUAAAAUCACCAGCUCCACUCCGGGCUCCACAUUCUGUGCCCUUCCUGCUAACAUCAGCAGCUUCGCUCCGGGCUCCUCAUCCCUUGCUCCUCCUGCUAAAAUCACCAGCUCCGCUCCGGGCUCCUCAUCCCGUGCCCCUCCUGCUAAAAUCAUCAGCUCCGCUCCGGGCUCCUCAUUCCAUGCCCUUCCUGCUAACAUUAGCAGCUCCGCCCCUCCUGCUAACAUCAGCAGCUCCGCUCCGGGCUCCUCAUCCCGUGCCCUUCCUGUUAACAUUAGCAGCUCCGCUCCGGGCUCCUCAUUAUGUGCCCUUCCUGUUGACAUCAGCAGCUCCGCCCCUCCUGCUAACAUCAGCAGCUCCGCUCCGGGCUCGUCAUCCCGUGCCCCUCCUGCUAACGUCAGCAGCUCCGCUCCGGGCAUGGCUAUGCCGGAGCAAGGGAAUGGGAUUCGUGGCUUCGUCCGCCUCUUCGGCGUCGACAUUGCCCUCGUCCGCCUCUUCGGCGUCGACAUUGCCCCGCGGGAGUAGGCGAUACUUAUGCAAGCGUUGCCGGAGGCUUGCAGCUCAGCAUGCUAGUCCGUUAGCUCGCUCAUGAUUCCCUGCUGCUGAUUCUCAAUCAGCGGCGAAAUAGUAUCUUUGCUUCCAUUAUUUACUUUCAAGAUGAUUGCUUCCGUUCAGAUUUUACAUAGUUCGUACCAGAGCUUUUAGCCUGUAUGUAGGCUUUCCAGAUUUAUCAGUUUUAUGAAUUAUUUCGAGUUUGAUUCUAGGGUUCAUACCGGAGCUUGUAGCCUUGUAGGCGUUCCAGAUUAACCAGCUGUAUGAAUCACUUCAGUUUAGAUUCUAGAGUUCAUACAAGAGCCUGUAGCCUUUUGGCUUUCCAGAUGUAAUCAGGUGUAUGAAUUAUCUCAUGGAAUAAAGUUAUAAGAGUUGUUUGAA